UUUGCCUUCAAAGGCUUUAUGGAAAAGUGCGCGGAUGAGAUGUUCAUUUUGUUUAUCGACAUUAAAACGAUAUAUGAACAAAUUAAACCAAUUAACUAAAUAUAUAAUUUAAAAACGCGACAUUUUAAACAUUCAUAUGGAUGAGGAGGCUGCUUUAGAGAAUUAUUUUGACCACUCAAUUGCCAAUGACCCUACUGACUACAUGAGCUAUGAGGGGGCCCUGGGGCUUCAGGGGCCACCACAGCUGCAGGACCCCUCCUUCCUCUCCUCUGUGAGCGAGCGGGAUAAAGAUCUAGCAGAGGGCUUGGACCUCAGUUUCUUGCCUGAUGACCUGGGCACCCAGGAUGAGCCACCAAGUGGUACUAAUAAGAUGCAGGACAGUGGUGUCUUUGAGGACUACACACCUGUGAAGUCUUCUGUGCCUGAAACUGGCGAAGCCUUCCCAGAGGCCUCUCCAUUUUGCCCUCUUGCCAUGACUCCUAUGACUCCAAUGACCCCCAUGACCCCAGUCUCUGAGCGAUCCGGAAUCAUCCCCCAGUUGCAGAAUAUUGUGUCCACAGUAAACUUAGCCUGCCCUCUGGACCUGAAAUCUAUUGCACUCCAGGCUCGCAACGCUGAGUACAACCCAAAGCGCUUCGCUGCUGUCAUCAUGAGGAUCAGGGAGCCAAGGACCACUGCCCUCAUCUUCAGCUCAGGGAAGAUGGUUUGCACCGGUGCCAAGAGCAGUGAGGAGCAGUCUCGCCUGGCUGCUCGUAAAUAUGCCCGAGUGGUACAGAAGCUGGGCUUCCCCGCAAAGUUCCUUGACUUUAAGAUCCAGAACAUGGUGGGCAGCUGUGAUGUUUGCUUCCCCAUCCGCUUGGAGGGAUUGGUUCUGACACACCAGCAAUUCAGCAGCUAUGAGCCGGAGCUGUUUCCUGGGCUGAUCUAUCGCAUGGUGAAGCCACGCAUCGUCCUGCUUAUUUUUGUUUCAGGGAAAGUGGUACUCACUGGUGCUAAAGAACGUUCUGAGAUCUACGAGGCUUUUGAAAACAUUUACCCUAUUCUUAAAGGCUUCAGAAAACAAUGACGUCACUCGUAUUCAGCAGGAUGGUCCAUGAAGCCAUCCACCGUAUAAACUGAGCACUUACUGCGCUAUUAAAAUUAAAUUUUGAGUAUCAUGCAUGUCUAGGGGGAAGGUUCUUAUGCUUUGUAUGCACAUUGUCAAUGUGAUUUUAAGUUAAUGUAUUCAUCAUUCAAAAAGGGCACUUUGUAGUAUACAGAAAAAGCAAUGUUUCUCACACCAGUAAUCUCUGCUGUUUGGCUUU